AUGUACAAAAACUUUUCGCAACUUAUCUCCGAAUCAGAGAAUGUUACAGUAUAUUUAGAAGAGGCGCACAACAGCGAAUUUGCUUUACUCGGGGGCAUAUGCGCAAUUGUUUUUUGUGUUAUAUUCCCUUUUUACAUUGUCGUCUAUCGCACUAAUAGACAGAGGGAAAGGUCUACGCCCAUAUUUCCAAUUAUUAAACACAUUCAUUCAACUGUUGUGAGAACUUAUUUUCUACUUUUUGGUUGUUUUGUGAUCAUAAUAAUAUCUUUCGCUUUGAGCUCUAUGCUUCUCAUCCUGGUAUUUUUAAUUGCUAUAUUAUCGGCAGCAUACCUAGUUAUGGUUAGCAAAGUGAAUCACCUUUUGAUGGGAAUUCUUGCUAUUCAAAGAUUUGGCAUAUGUUUCCACCCAAGAUCUGAAAACUAUUUGAAAAUUACACACGAAACUUUAAAUUGGAUUGUAGCUAUAGGAUACGCAUAUUUUGUUCUUGAAAAAGUAGUAUCAUUUUGGAUGUAUUUUUGCGAAUUUGAAGAUGUGAAAGUUUUUUAUAUGUUUUCCUACAUUUCAAUGCAUUUGUUUUUGUUAAUUUCUGCACUAGCAUACAUUCCAUUAAUAUUGAACAUUUGGAAAACAUCAAAGCAUUUAAAAUCCGCUCAACUGCACAAACUCCAAAACCACAUAAUGUGCCAGUUUCUGUUGAUAAUUGCUUCAAAAUUCAUAUAUAUUCCGAUAUUCCUUUUCAAUGGAGAUUGGUUUGCCGUCAACGAAGCGUUGGACGGUUACAUUUCUAUUUUUCUGAUUCAAGCUUCAUAUUUGGUUUGCAACCACAGGAAUUUGAAAACGUUUUUUGACUCGAUAGACUCCCGAAAUGUGUGCAAACUUUUUUGUUGUCCUUUCUCCAAAGGUUCCCGAGUUGGUGUUGUUGCACAGCCGGUUAUGCGAAUUUAUUCAACAAAUGUUCAGUGA